AUGCUGAGAUUAGUGUUGCUAAAGGACCCUCGUUUGCCGUUGAGUCGGGUUUCAUUCCAUGCUGGCAGGUGUCAUAGAAUCUCCCCUCAGGAGAAGAAUGCUGAAAAGGAGUUGAAGGAUAAUGAACAUUUUAAACAGGUGGCUAAGGACUACCAUGCACACGAUCAUGUCCAUAUGCGUGAAUCUGAGACAGAAGAGAAUGAUUCAUUUCAAUUGGGGGUUAAGGGAAGAUUAGUCUCGACAAGUAAAAGUCCUUCGCAAACCCAUUCGCACUCGCAAGGGCACUCACAUUCUCAUUCGUUAUCCCAUUCACACACCCAUGGUGUCAAUCCAAUGCUGGUGAUGAGUAAAGAGCAGGUUAAGAAGAAUCCAGCGGUCAGAAUUACUUGGAUCGGUCUUGCCAUCAACGUUGGACUGGCAGCUGGGAAAUUUGCAGGUGGUGUUGUCUUCCAUUCGCAAGCAUUGAUAGCUGAUGCUGUACAUGCCGUGAGUGAUAUGGUAUCUGAUUUUCUCACGUUGGUGUCUGUGGGGUUGGCUUCUAAUAAACCAACGGCUAAUUAUCCGUUUGGUUACGGGAAAGUCGAGACAAUAGGCUCGCUGGCUGUGUCUACGAUAUUGGCUACCGCUGGGUUGUCCAUUGGGUGGACUUCAUUAUGUGCCAUUGUUGGACCUAUUGUCCCACAUACGGUGCUCGAGUUUUUGGCCACCUAUGUGGGCGGAUCACAUUCACACUCGCAUUCCAUCACUAAGGAAGUGACUAAUGUAAACGCUGCAUGGAUUGCCGGUGCUUCUAUCGUCGUCAAGGAGUGGAUUUUCCAAGCGACAAAGAAGAUAGCUAUCCAAACAAAUUCUAAUGUCCUUAUGGCCAAUGCUUGGCAUCACCGUGUCGACUCUAUGACAUCCCUGGUCGCGCUGGUCACGAUCACUUCCGGCUACUUUUUCAACAUUCAGUCGCUGGACGCUGUUGGAGGUCUAAUCGUGUCUGCUCUUGUCAUCAAAGCCGGUGGCUCCGGUAUGUGGAGUGCUAUGCAAGAGUUGGCAGAUCAAUCUUUACCAAAAGAUGAUGACCGCUAUAUCGAAGUUCAAGAGGCUAUUGAGGAUUGUUUGGACAAAUUACUCUCCAACAACAAUGCUGGUAGACCUUACAAGAUCAAGGAACUUACAGUGCUGCCUUCUGGACCCAAUUCCAGAGCCAACUUGACCCUUGAAACGCCAUUACAAAGAUGGGAAAACGUCUUGGAUGUGAAAGAAUUCGAAAUUGUCAGUGAACAUUUGCGGAACAUCCUCAACCGUGACCUCCCAACCUUGAAAAGACUAAACAUUGAGUUUGUCGAAGAGACAGCUCAAGAAGAAAAGCAUGUGGAUGAAGGGCAUACUCACAAGCAUUAG